CGUUACACCUCACAGGGCUCUCCUUCUCACUAUCGGAAAUGGCAAUGGCAGUUGCGCGAGACCUCGUCUCAACAAAAGCCUUCUCCUUCUUUCCCGUCUCCCCAACUCCCAAAAUCUAUUCCCACUCUCUGAUUCUCUCUCCGAAUUAUACGUCAAUUCCUUCCAUUUCUCUUCAACUGUCUCGUUCUUCUCGUUUCACUCUCUCUCGACUCUCGGCCGGUACCUCUAGUGCUGUUGGCAGUGCCGAUGACGAAGGAGAGGGAUUUGAAGAGUUCAUAGACGAGGAUUUCGAAGAAGAAGGAGGAGUGGAUGAAUCUGACGGCGACAGUUAUGGGAUUGAUGUGGACCAGCUUGAGGAGGAAGCCAAAGAAGCUGUUCGCGAGUAUUCUAGCUCCUUGUCACGCGAAUUGAGAAUUGAAGAUGAAGUAGUUGAUGAUAAUGAAUCAGUAGGAAAACAGAAGAGACGCAGAAGUAGAAAGGCUGCUAGAAUUUUCAGUAAGGUUCCUGACCGCCUACUUCCAAGGGUUGCCAUUGUUGGGAGGCCAAAUGUUGGAAAAUCAGCAUUAUUCAAUCGUCUUGUUGGGGGAAAUAGGGCAAUUGUUGUGGAUGAACCUGGAGUUACCAGGGAUCGCUUGUAUGGAAGAUCCUUCUGGGGGCAGCAGCAAUUUAUGGUGGUGGACACUGGAGGUGUUCUCAUGGUAUCAAAAUCACGGGAUGAAAUUAUGGAAGAACUGGCUAUUACAACAACUAUUGGGAUGGAAGGGAUUUCUCUUGCCUCUAGGGAAGCAGCAGUUGCAAGGAUGCCCUCAAUGAUUGAGAGACAAGCUGCUGCAGCUGUGGAAGAGUCAUCCGUCAUUAUAUUCCUCGUCGAUGGCCAGGCAGGCCUCACUGUGGCUGAUGUUGAGAUAGCAGACUGGUUACGCAAGGUGUACUCGAAUAAGUGUAUCAUUCUUGCAGUGAACAAGUGUGAAUCUCCACGUAAAGGAACCAUGCAAGCAGCAGACUUUUGGUCCUUGGGGUUCUCACCACUUCCCAUAUCUGCUAUAUCUGGGACUGGAACUGGGGAGCUUCUGGAUCUUGUUUGUUAUGGUCUACAAAAAUAUGAGUGUCCAGAGAUUCCUGAUGAAGAGGGAAACUAUGUUCCUGCAAUUGCAAUUGUGGGCAGGCCAAAUGUUGGGAAAAGUAGCAUUUUGAAUGCAUUAGUUGGAGAGGAUAGAACAAUAGUCAGCCCCAUCAGCGGUACUACUCGUGAUGCUAUUGAUACUGAGUUCACAGCAGCAGAUGGCCAGAAGUUUCAGCUUAUUGAUACUGCUGGAAUCAGAAAGAGAACAGCUAUAGUUUCGUCUGGUAGUACAACAGAAGCAUUAUCAGUAAAUCGAGCAUUUCGUGCCAUUCGUCGUUCUGAUGUUGUUGCUCUUGUGAUUGAGGCUAUGGCUUGUAUCACGGAACAGGAUUCUAGGAUUGCUGAAAGGAUAGAAAAAGAGGGGAAAGGUUGCCUGAUUGUCGUAAACAAAUGGGAUACAAUACCAAAUAAAAACCAGCAGACUGCGACAUAUUAUGAACAAGAUGUUAGAGAGAAACUGCGUAAUGUUAACUGGGCCCCGGUUGUCUAUUCAACUGCUAUUGCUGGCCAGAAUGUUGAUAAGAUCAUUGUUGCUGCCAGUAUGGUUGAAAAGGAGAGAUCAAGGCGACUAAGCACAUCGAUAUUGAAUCAAGUGGUUCAAGAAGCACUGGCUUUUAAAUCCCCUCCUAGGACCCGAGGCGGCAAAAGAGGGCGUGUUUAUUACUGCACUCAGGCUGCUAUUAGGCCACCCACAUUUGUCUUCUUUGUAAAUGAUGCAAAACUUUUUCCUGAGACCUACCGCCGUUAUAUGGAGAAGCAAUUACGUACAGAUGCAGGCUUUUCUGGUACACCAAUUCGGCUACUUUGGCGUAGCAGAAGAAAAUUGGAAAAAGAGCAAGGCAAAGCUGUGACAAGAGGGCAAGGAAACCUUGCACUGAGUGGCAGAAAAUUGGCAUUGGCUAGUUGAGUCCGUAUUAUGAGUUGUCUGAAUAGCAACAGUUCAUUGCGUCCCAGUAUUUAAGAAAUCAAUCAAUGACAGGAGACGCAAGGAGAACGACAACUCACAAGCUAUGUAUAAAUUGUGAUCUUGAUUGAAACCAUGGUUAACUACUUUGAUUUUGAUGGAUCAGGCUGUGGUGCAUGCCUUUCGUGGAAGACUCCAGGGGUGAGUAUAGUGAUCACAAUUAUAAUAUCGAAUUUAUAGCUAACCCCAUCAUAUCCUAUCAUAAUCUGUUGACAAUGUGUUAAGGUGGCAUCUUUCCAUCUCUAUUAUUAGUAUUUUUCUUUUAAUCUUCUAGCAUUUUUUUUUCCCAGGACAAGACCAGAGUCUUAAUACUUCUCAUCUGAUUCUUGGUUGUCUUAUAAUGAUGAUUAAACAUUUUAGG